AUGGAUGAGAUAUCAGCGUCUGCGCAAAUGGAUGGAAGUUAUUACACAUGCGGACAACUCCGAAGGCGCGCUUUGAGAGCACUUUCCGAAGAAAGCAUCCGUAAAGCCCGUCUCGCAGCACUACAGCGAGAACUUGCACUUCUGGAAAAGGAUCUUGCCAGCACCACACCAACGACACAGGAUGCUGUCGAAGAGCUUGCAAAGACGGAAUGCCAACAACUUACCAACGCCAUCUUGACUAGAUUACCGCGUGAGAUCCGCGACAUGAUCUAUUUUCACCUCAGUACGCGCGAUCGCGAGCUCAUCGAGCGCGAGCAUUUUCGGACAACCUUGGACCCGCUUACGAGAUUAUACUCGUAUGAUUUCGAGAGGUGGAAAGCGCAGCAUUUUCCCACGCACUAUUGGAAUCCUGAAUACGUAUCCCAGCGCUUCUACUGCGAGCUCUUGGAAAACUAUUACCGUACUAGUUCGUUCUUAUUUGGUGAUGAUCCGGGGGUAAUGAAGCGUUUCCUCAACACAGAUGAGAUGAGACUUGGGGUAGCUCCUAAAGCACUGGUUUCUAGCGUUGAGAUUGGGCUGAAUGCUGUGUCGCAUGAUCGAGGCUCCUUCCGCGCUUACAUGUUCGGCAUACCGAAAUCACCAGAGCGAAUGCGGGAGGCUCUCGAUGGUAUCUUCGAACUCAGACCUGGAGCUAGAAUUGUGAUUCGAUUCGUGACCGAGGCGAGAACUAAGGAAGAGAGGGAUGAGCAUUGCAAAGGAGCGAUGACAAUGCUGUUUGACGAGGCGCAGGUGGAGAAGAUGAAGAUGUACAAGGUCAAGUUGGUGGUUGACGAGGGGAAGGUCUGGGAUCUGGCCGAGGCAAUGAAGGAUGAGUGGAUGGCGAUUCACGGGUGA